AUGAUGUCGCGCUGUGGGUACAGAGGUACUUGUUGAACGCUCUGGGUGCCAGAACGUGGUUGGUGUCACCGGCCUGAAUCGGGAUAGCGAAAAGCUCCUGCGAAAGUUUCCAGAAGAGAUUGGCGAAUGAUGAUGGCAUCUGGGGUUAAUGAAAGUCGCUGCCUGUCACUGUGACGAGUGAUAUGAUAUAUAGCCCCUCCCCCAGGACCCUGAGACUGCUCUUUCAUCAUCACACACUCCACAUCUUCACAUUCAGCUUCUGAGAAGUUGACACUACUACUUUCUUGACUGAUACCCCAUUCUUAUCCCAACUUCAACUACCAUCAUCAUGUCUCCCUCCGCUGUUGAGAACGAGACUCCUCUCGCUCAGACUACCUCCAACAAGAACGUCGAGCUUCCCAUCCCAGCUGAUCCUCAAGAUGGCACCGACAACACUGUCGAAGUCCCAGCAACCCGAAGUGCCAUGGCCGACACCACCAACUACAUGCACAACCUCUCCCUCUCGCCUUCCAUGAAGGAGAGGAGAGGAUCCCGCAACUCCUUCGGUACCUCCCUGCCCAUCCCCCGCUCCAAGAGGCAGUCGAGGCUAUCGUCUGUUCACUACCCCGAUGGCCGUGGUGCCGCUGUCCGCCCUGGCAUGCCCCCGAUCCAGCCAUCUCGCGACAUCAUCGCUGCCCAGCUUCAAGAUCUCGCUGGCGAGAAGGUCCGCGCCGCCAAGGACAUGGCAUUCGUCUUCGACAUUGACGGUGUCCUCGUCCACGGUGACCGUCUGAUCCCCGAGGGACAGCGCGUCCUCGAGAUCCUGAACGGAGACAACGAGCUCGGCAUCAAGAUCCCCCACAUCUUCCUUACCAACGGUUCCGGUAAGCCCGAGCAAGCUCGUGUCGACCAGCUCUCCAAGAUCCUUCACAACCCCAUCUCGACCGAGCAGUUCAUCCAGUCGCACACUCCCAUGCGUGCUUUGGCCGAGUACUACAAGACCGUCCUCGUCGUCGGCGGUGAGGGCUACAAGUGCCGUGAGGUAGCUGAGCAAUACGGCUUCCAAGACAUUGUCGUCCCCAACGACAUCAUCGCCUGGGACCCCACCAUCGCCCCCUACCGUGUCUUCACCGACGAGGAGCGCAAGACUUCCCGCCCCCGCGACUUCAGCAAGGUCAACAUCGAAGCCAUCAUGGUCUUCUCCGACAGCCGUGACUACGCCACCGACAUUCAGAUCAUCAUGGACCUCCUCCAGUCUGAGAACGGCAAGUUCGGAACCCGCGCCAAGGACCCCGUCUCCCAGCGCAUCCCCAUCUACUUCUCCCAGGGCGACAUGCUGUGCCCCACCGAGCACCCCUUCCCCCGCAUGUCCCAGGGUGCCUUCCGCAUUGGUCUCGAGGCCAUGUACAAGUCGCUCACCGGCGUCGAACUCGAGCGUGUCGUCUACGGCAAGCCCGAAUUGGCUACCUACAAGUACGCCGACGAGGUCAUUGCCAGCUGGAUGGAGACUAUCCACAACGACGAGAAGCUGCCUGCCAACAUCUACAUGAUUGGUGACAACCCCGCUUCCGACAUCGUCGGUGGUAACAUGUACGGCUGGAACACUUGCCUUGUCCGCACUGGUGUCUUCCAGGGUGGUGACAACGACGAGCAGAACCCUGCUUCCUUCGGUGUCUUCAAGAACGUCUUCGAGGCUGUUACUACUGCUAUGAAGAAGGAGCUUGGUGAGGAGUUCAAGUUCAAGUUCGACGAGAAGAUUAACCCUGUCAACCUUGAGGGUGGUGUCUCUGCCAUUGCUUAAGUGGGUUGAUGGUUGGAAUGACGGUACGAUGAAAAGCUCUGCUUUUUCUGUGGUCGUUGUUCGUUUGUACAUAAGCAUUUCUCUGGCGUUUCUUUUUCGGGUUUAUAUCCUUGCAUAGCGAAGCUUGCAAAUCACUCUUAUAGAUCAACGAGUUUACUAUACAACUGGGUCUACGGAUUCUGGGUUUUCGGUU